UCUCCCUGGUGCCAUCGUAGGAGCUCUCUCCUUGUCCCCAGGGUGUCGCUGGGCUGUGUCCCGUGCUCCGUGGAGACCCCGAGUGUCCCGCCUGUGCUGGGAUGGCCGCCAGCCGAGCCCUGAGUGUCCUGUGCCCCCGGGCCGUGUCCCGGCUCCCUCUGGCCGCCUCCACCCGCAGCAAUUCCAACCGCGCCGCCGUGUCCCACCUGCACCGGCAGCACUACGGGCGGCUCUACCCCGUCCUGCUCGUGGGCACCGACGGCUCCACCACCCGCCUGCGCUACCGGGAGCCCAGGAGGAUCCUCAUGCUGCCCCUGGACAGCACCACGCUGCCCGAGGCCGAGCGCAAGGCCCGCCUGCGCCGGCACUUCCCCGGCAAACCCAAGCCCAGGACCGAGGAGACCUUCGAGGGCAUCGACCUGGAGACCUACAAGCAGUUCUGGAAGAAAUGAGCACAGAAUAAAUAAACAAAUAAAUAAACAAAAACCAACCAACC